AUGGGAGCCGCCAAGGUCGGUAGUUCUAACAGCGUUGAUAAACCUGGUGAUGAUGCCCCCGCCGACUCGGGCGAUACUGGCUACUAUCAGUCAUGGCAACUUGACGAUCUGGUUGCGGCACUGCCGGCACUGCCGGCCGCAACGUCACAUGACUCCGACUCGGACUCGUCGCUUGCGAAGGCCGCGCCGCCGCCGAUCGCGCCGCAGUCUCCCGGCCGCCUCGCGACGCUCACGCGCAUCUUCUCAAACCGCCGCGGCGCAGAUCCUCUCGGAGCGCCGUCGCGACGGCUGUCGGACGAUGGCGGCGCCGCGGCGCCGCGGUCGGGGUCAGCGGAAAGCCGUGGCAGCGCGUGGUCGUCUGGACGAAUCAUGCCAUCAUUAGCCGGCGGCGGCGGCGGCGGUCGCGGCGGAAAGAGCAAUGCGAGCGACAGGGGGUCCGCCGUUCCGCCCAAUCUUCCGCGCUCGCCUCGCGGGGGGGAACAGUGGGAUGGCGGUGGCCGCGUAUUGCCAAAGAAGAGUUCCAGCGGCGACGAGUCCGUGAUAGUUGUCCGCCGAGCGACGACAGUCGGGCAUAACCCGCACUCCCGGCAGCAGCAGCAGCAGCAGCAGCAGCAGCGGCAGCAGCAGGAGGAGCAGAUUCCGCAGCGAGCGUCACACAGGAGGUGCCGCAGCUGGGGAGGCGGAGGGCAGCAAGCACGGCAGCAGGAGAUGGAGUGGCAAUUUCAGCUGAGUCAAUUCGAGAUAGAAGCUGAUACCACCACCAUUAAUAGUACUAUUAACCCACAACCCGUCAGCAGGAGGAGGAGCGCCACGCAGAAAGCACGGCAGCAGCAGACUACUGAGGAGGAGGAGGAGAACGCUGCUGGCGCGGACGUUUCGCGGGAGGCGGAAGAAUCUGAAGCGGUGGAGGCGGAAGGAUCAUGGGAUGUUGGGAUGAUGGAAGGGGAAGCGCCGGUCGCGCUCGUGGGAUCGUUCCGCGAAAUGGCGAAUCCGCGCCUGGCAGUAGAUUCUACUACUAGUAGCAACAGCCGUGGUGCCAGGAGUGAGGGCAUGAGGGCGUUAGAAGCAGAGGCGGCUGCUGUUGCGCUGUCUGAAAGGGGUAAUGAAGGGGAAGCGCCGGUCGCGUUGGUGGGAUCGUUCCGAGAAAUGGCCAUCAGCCAUGGUGAGGGUAGCACUAUGAGAGCUUUAGAAGAAGCGGCUGCUGCUGUUGCUGUAACAGCAGCAGCAGAGACAGAAGCAGCAAUUGAAGCAGAAGAAUCAGCAGAAGCAGCAGCUUGGAAUCGCAACCGGUCGCCAUCCCUGCGUCUACCAUCAUCACAGCCGUUGGAUCCAGAGCCAUCCGACGAUCACCAAGCCACCACAGAAUCCCCAACCAGCCAGCAGUCAUCACCAGGUGCAGCAGGCAACGGGGUGAAGCAGCAGAGGGCGGAUAGGCGCGUCCAGUUUAACCGAAUGGUGCAAGUGAGGAGGGUACUCGUCCCCUCUGAUAGCACUGACUCUGCCGGAUCGUUCGCCGAACGGAUUCAAGAGGCUUGUGCCGGACCUGCUGCAGAGGCUCGGAAUGAUUUUGGUGAUGCUGGUGCCGGUGGCGUUGUGGCAAGGGCUGAUGCUAGUAUCACUGCUGACAUGGUGAAAUCUAAGUGGGUUGACAUGACGCCUAUGACUGCUGCUGCUGCUGCUGCUGCUGCUAAUACUGUUAAUUCUGCUGACUGUGGUGCUGCUGCUGCGGCGGCAGCUGGUGCUAAUGCUGCGGAUGCCGCUUCUCCUGAUGCAGCAAGCUUGGUCCCCCAGGACCUAGCUAAUCCGAGAGCCACAGAUUCGGAACAAGAACAGGAGGAGAUCAAAAUGAUAGUGGUAAUCGAGGAGAAGCAUGCAGCAGGGGGGCACGCGGAGAGGGGGCAUGCAGAAGGGGAACAGGCUGGCUUCAGAUGGAAAGCUGCAUCUAAAGAGGAGACUACAGACUCCCAAUACGAGGAAUCUGAGUCAGACCUCAUCUCUCCUUCUGGCCUGCCCUUCUUAUCUGUCUCCCCCCGUCCAUCCUUCGGCCCCGCAGCAUCCGCCCUCUCCCCCACCACCUCCCUCCCCCAUGGCGCCUCCCUCCCCCGUGACGCCUCCCUCCCCCUCACCCUCCCGCACUCAUCCAUCCUCUCCCCAACCGCCUCCCUCCCUGCCAACACCUCCCUCCCCCCCACCCUCCCGCACUCAUCCACCCUUCCGUCUACUGCCUCUCACAGCCCUCGCAAUUUCAGCUCUGGCCCGCUCUCCUCCCUGUCCCGGACCCUGUCUCGCGAUAUGACUGCUGAGUCGACUCAAAAGCACCCCCGCAGAUUCAGUUCUGGUCCGCUCUUCUCCUCCCUGUCCCGGACCUUGUCCCGCGAUGUGUCUGUUGAGUCGACUCAAAAGGCCCCCAGCAAGUUUAGCUCUGGCCCGCUCAUCUCCUCCCUGACCAGGACCCUGUCUCGCUCCCGCUUCAAGCACCUGCUCUCUCCGCUCCUCUCUAGCCCCUCCAAGCCUGGCACGGAGGCUCGGGAGAACACCGCCGUCUCGACUCAAGAGCCACCCCCUCACGACCGUGGUACGGAUUUCGGGGUAGCCUCGGACGCAGGGUCGGGUCUGCCGAAGCAAGUACCCCGGUCUGCUUCUGCUGUGGAUGAUGGGGAGGUGAAUUCCAAGGCCAGGCAGAACUGGUUGAAAGUGCUGCGUGUUCCCAGAGCUGGGGUGUUGGGUGGAGGGUCUAAGGGAUGA